UCCAACUCCCAUAUCCAUUUUCAGAGUCUGUCCUAGAUUCUCCUCACAGCAUACUGUCGGUCGGGAGAAAUUGUCAGAGCGCAAAAUGUCUAAGGAGGUCCCACGUGAGCCGGAGCAGCUUCGGAAGCUCUUCAUUGGAGGUUUGAGCUUCGAGACAACAGAUGAGAGUUUACGUGCUCACUUUGAACAAUGGGGAACACUAACAGACUGUGUGGUCAUGCGGGAUUCUCAGACCAAGCGGUCACGAGGAUUUGGAUUUGUUACAUAUUCUUCUGUGAAAGAAGUUGAUGAGGCCAUGUCGGCUAGGCCUCACAAAGUAGAUGGAAGGCUUGUCGAGCCUAAGCGUGCAGUGUCCAGAGAGGAUUCCAACAGACCUGGGGCACACAUCACAGUCAAAAAGAUUUUUGUGGGUGGUAUUAAAGAGGAUACAGAUGAAGGCCACCUGCGUGACUAUUUUGAACAAUUUGGAAAAAUUGAUGCCAUUGACAUUAUGGUUGAUCACAAAACUGGCAACAAAAGAGGCUUUGCAUUUGUCACAUUUGAUGACCAUGAUGCAGUUGACCGUAUUGUCAUUCAGAAGUACCACACAGUGAACAGUCACAACUGUGAAGUGAGGAAGGCCCUCUCCAAGCAAGAGAUGCAGAACACUGGAAGGGGAGGAGGAGGUGGUGGUGGUGGCAACUUUGGCAGAGGUGGUGGAUAUGGCAAUGACUUUGGUGGUGGACGGGAAGGCUACUUUGGAGGUCGUGGAGGAAGAGGAGGUGGUGGUGGAGGAGGAUAUGGUGGAGAUGGCUACAACAAUGGUUAUGGAGGCGAUGGUGGCUACGGCGGUGGGCCUGGGUAUGGUGGUGGUAACCGUGGAUAUGGAGGUGGAGGUGGUGGAGGCUAUGGCAACCAGGGUGGUGGCUAUGGAGGCAAUGGCUAUGACAACUACAAUGGCAACGGUGGCAACUAUGGCGGCAACUUUGGAGGUGGUGGCGGCGGUGGUGGUGGUGGCGGCAACUACAAUGACUUUGGCAACUACAACAACCAGGCAUCAAACUACGGUCCCAUGAAGGGUGGUAACUUUGGAGGUGGAGGCGGCGGUGGUGGCAGGAGUGGUGGCCCCUAUGGUGGUGGUUAUGGAGGUGGCUCUAGUGGGGGAGGCGGUGGUGGCUAUGGAGGUGGCUCGGGAGGACGGCGCUACUAGACGUUUUGACAGGUGAUCAUUUGUGACCAGUUGUCCCAGGUGCUGGACAGAUACCUGCUGAGAGGCCUGACGAUAAAAGGAAACUGUAUGAUGUAUGUACGUGUGUUUUCUUUUUUGUUUUUUUAUUUAUCUAUCUAUACUUACAGUGGAGUGUGCUGCUCAUUUUGUCCCUUUUUUUCCCACAGGAAGGCCUAUAGUGGUGAAGCUUUUUAAAAUAUUUUAACUUUUUUACAAUGUUUAUUUUUAAUAAAAUAUUAAUUUUUUUACA